GAUACAAAGCUACAGGUCAAAAGAAGAAGAAGAAGAAGUCGGCACCUGGCAACACUGCAGGGCUGUCAACACAAGCGGCCCCACAGAGCACCAGCAUGGCAGCCUUCGAGGAAAUGGGCGUCAUGCCCGAGAUUGCAAAAGCAGUUGAAGAGAUGGAUUGGACGUUACCCACGGAUGUGCAGAACGAGGCCAUUCCACUUAUCCUUGGUGGAGGAGACGUGCUGAUGGCGGCCGAGACAGGCAGUGGCAAGACAGGUGCAUUCUGUCUGCCCAUCCUGCAGAUCGUGUGGGAGUCACUUAAGGACAUCCAGCAGGGCAAGACUUCCAAGGUCACCAAGGAAGUGUCUCCUCUGUGGCUGAUGAGCUUCUUUGACCGAGACCCUGGCAUGGCUGUAACACCCGACGGUCUGCGCUGCCAGUCCAGGGACCCAAAGGCCUGGCAGGGUGCCCGCUGCACCAAGGGCGUCACUGGCAAGGGCAAGUACUUCUUCGAGGCCAUGGUGUCUGAUGAAGGGCUGUGCAGAGUGGGCUGGUCCACGCCACAGGCAGCCUUGGAUCUGGGAACAUGCAAGAAUGGCUUUGGGUUCGGAGGCACUGGAAAGAAAUCAAAUUGCAAGCAGUUUGAUGAAUACGGUGAGGCUUUUGGCCUGAACGAUACGAUAGGCUGCUACCUGGACCUGGACGCCAUGGAGAUGAGUUACAGCAAGAACGGCGUGGAGCUGGGCAAGGCCUUCACCCUCCGCAGCGAGUUCAAGAAUGCUGUGUUCCACCCGUCGGUUGUGCUGAAGAAUGCAGAGAUAACCUUCAACUUUGGCCAGAAGGACUUCAAACACCCACCCAGUAAUGGCUACAUAGCGGUGUGUGAUGCCAGCAAAGAAUGUACAGUGCAUGGCGGGAUAAAGGCCAGCAGUGACAAGCCCCAGAAGGUCCAGAACAAUGCCCCUCAAGCCAUCAUUAUAGAGCCAUCCCGAGAACUGGCUGAGCAGACGCUGAAGCAGGUCCAGCUGUUCCGCCAGCACCUGGACGACCCCGUGGUGAGGGACUUGCUGGUGGUGGGUGGCAUCCCCGUCAAGGAUCAGAUUGCCGCCCUCAACUCUGGCAUCGACAUUGUGUGUGGUACCCCCGGACGCAUGGAGGAGCUCAUCAACACAGGACAGCUCUCCCUCCAGUCCUGUAAAUUCUUUGUUCUGGACGAGGCUGAUGGACUUCUAAAGCAGGGUCAUGAGAGGUUGAUCAACAGCAUCUACGGUUCCAUCCCCAAGAUCACGCCCGACGGCAAGAGGUUACAGAUGGUGGUUUGUUCCGCCACUCUCCACUCGUUCGAGGUGAAGCGGAUGGCGGAGCGUCUGAUGCACUUCCCCACGUGGGUUGAUCUGAAAGGGGAGGACGCAGUACCCGAGACAGUGCACCAUGUGGUUGUUACGAUUGACCCUCGCACGGACACCAGCUGGACCACCCUUCGCCGCCAUGUGCAGACCGAUGGAGUGCAUGCCAAGGACAAUGUGCGCCCUGGGAAUAAUACCCCCGAGACGCUGAGUGAGGCAGUGAAGAUGUUGAAGGGGGAGCUGUGCGUGAAGGCCAUUGACACCCACAACAUGGACAAGGCUCUGAUCUUCUGCCGUACCAAACUGGACUGCGACAACAUGGAGCGCUAUUUCAACCAGAUAGGCGGUGGGGCACACAACCGAGGCAACCCCUACUCCUGCGUGUGUCUGCAUGGCGACCGCAAGCCAAACGAGCGCAAGGCAAACCUCCAGACCUUCAAGGAUGGCAACGUCAAGUUCCUCAUCUGCACAGACGUUGCUGCUCGUGGCAUAGAUGUGUCAGGUCUGCCUUUCAUCAUCAACGUGACGCUGCCGGACGAGAAGAGCAACUAUGUCCACCGUAUUGGGCGUGUGGGCCGAGCGGAAAGGAUGGGUCUGGCGAUCUCCCUGGUGGCGGCCGUCCCAGAGAAGGUGUGGUAUCACGGUGAGUGGUGUGCCAGUCGGGGCCGUAACUGCUACAACACGCGCCUUACCACCGAGCGAGGCUGCUGCACCUGGUAUAACGAACCUCAGUACUUGGCGGACAUUGAGGAGCACCUGGGCGUGACAAUCCAGCAGGUAGACAAGGAGAUGAGGGUGCCAGUGGACGAGUUUGAUGGCAAGGUCACUUAUGGAGAGAAGCGAGGCCACACAGGUUCUAGCUACCAGACCCAUGUGGAGCAGCUGGCACCAGCUGUGCAAGAGUUGGCUAAGCUAGAAAAGGAGACUCAAAAUAUUUACCUUAAGCGCCAGUACGGCAAAGUUUAUCCCUGGACACGAUAAGCCUAGUGACACUUAGGAAAUAAUUAAGUUUAUGUGGAUUGUUGAUGCAGCUGACUGGUAACCCACUCUAAAUAUAUAAGCUCAAGGAAGGCAGCUGGCAACACCUGUCAGGUAUGUAACAAGUGUGUCACAUUGACUCCUACCAACCCCUUGUGGUAGUUUAUCAGUAAUGAAACCCAUAUCAUCAUGAAGUAUGUUUGUCAUAUAUUUGGAAUUCUAGUAGGUUUUGACUAGUCAUCAUCCAAGGUAAUUUAUCAUAAUGCUUACAGCUAUGCAGAUACCUUGAAUGUAUGUAAUUUGCAUUAUUGCCAACUUUUCCAGUUUAUAUUAAUAUUUAAAUAUAAGAAGGUCUUUCCACAAGCUGUUUGUGAAUACAGCUUAUGCCAAAGUACUAAUUGCCAAAUGUGUGAUACAUACCCAUCCUCAAUCCAUAGUUUGAUAUGCGGUGUUCUUGUACAUAUGCUUUACUUCAUGUGAAAGGAACAGAACUGAUCUUUGUUGAGUGACAUAGCUUCUGAAUCUACCAAGUAAGAGCAUCUUGUUAUUUCAAGUCUCUCUAAACUUUAUGAACUUGUGGAGUUAACCUAAGGCAACCCCUGCAUGAAGCCAUCUUCCUCUGAACAAUGCUAUUAAAGCAGCAUCCAGUGCA